AUGGAAGUGAAAGACGAGGUUUUGAAAGAAGACAACGAGAAAACCGUGUACUCGACCUACCCACCCAUCGGUGUCUGCGCCGGUAUCGUGCCCUGGAACUGGCCAAUCUUGCUUGGUCUUGGAAAAUUGGGUCCCGCACUCAUCACAGGAAACACAUUCAUCAUGAAGCCCUCGCCAUAUACGCCCUAUUGCUAUCUGAAGCUCGGCGAACCCGCAGCCCAGGUAUUCCCUCCAGGCGUCGUGCAAGUCCUCUCCGGCGACGACGACCUUGGCUCAUGGAUCACCGAGCAUCCCGGCAUCGACAAGGUCGCAUUCACAGGAUCUAUUGCAACGGGCAAGCUUGUGGCAGCGAGCUGCGCAAAUACGAUGAAGCGAUAUGUGCUUGAGCUGGGAGGUAAUGACGCGGCGAUUGUGUGUGAGGAUGUGGACAUUGAUAAGUGCUUGCCGAAGAUCGCCAUGAUGAGUUUUCUUAACUCCGGGCAGAUCUGCAUGUUGACCAAGCGCAUUUACAUUCACGAGAAGAUUUACGAUGAGUUCAGAGACAAGAUGAUCGAGUUUAUCAAGAGCAACAUUAAGACGGGAGCCGGUACAGAGGGAGGCGUUUUUGUAGGGCCGGUGCAAAACAAAAUUCAGUAUGUAUUGAUCACUGAUCUGCUUGAACGUCGUGCUGACAGCGACAGAUUUGAUCAAGUCAAGGACAUGUACGCCGAGAUCGAGAAGAGCAACUGGAAGACCGCGCUCGCUGGAUCUGCUGGACAGUUCGAACACGGGUACUUUAUCAGACCAGCAAUCAUCGAUAAUCCACCUGAGGACUCUCGCAUUGUCCAAGAAGAACAAUUUGGGUCCCAUCGUCCCUCUACUCAAGUGGUCCGACGAGAGCGAUGUUAUCGAUCGCGCAAAUGCGUUGAAGACUGGCUUGGGAGCGUCGGUGUGGGCCAAGGAUGUGCAGCGUGCUGA